ACAGCGCCGAGCAGCCGCCGCCGCCGAGCCAGCGCGGCAGAACCAUGGCAUCUCUUCCCUCUGCUCCGAAUGCCCCACCGGCCCUGCCACCUUCUUACGAAGAGACGACGGGUAUCAACAAUUCCGCGCCGUACCCGUAUCCUGCACCCGGGCAUGGCGCUGGGCCAGCGGCGAAAGGGGAGAACGUCCCUCCGUAUGCCAUGCAUCCGAGACCAGUUGCAGGACAACAGCCAAUUCCCGUCCAGGCGGUCUAUAUCCAGAACCCGCUGCUCUUCCAUGACCGGCCCGUGCAGAUGAGUUGCCCGUCCUGCAGCCGGAUGAUUGUGACCUUGACCACGUACCGCGCGGGGGCUUUGACCUGGCUCUCGUGCGGAGGCCUCUGCCUGCUGGGGUGCUGGGCCGGCUGCUGCUUAAUCCCCUUCUGCGUGGACGCGCUGCUCGACGUCGACCACCACUGCCCCAACUGCCAAGCUCUCCUCGGCAGCUACAAGCGGCUCUGAACCAGCCCAGGCGGGCAGCAGCGGGCCGGCCCGUCGCAACCCUCUUACGCUGUGCCUUUUGAGGGCGUGUGCGUGCGUGUGUUCAAGAAGACUAGACUUUGGGGAAGGGGGGAAUGUAUACCACUUCUUGGCCUCUCUCUCUCCCCAAAUGUAUGCCUGUUCUGUCCUGCAAAGAAUAUAUGGUCGAAAGCCAAUUCUGUCCAUGUUGGAUGCCUCGUGCUGCAGCGGGAGAACCGGUGCAGGCCCGUCUCUGCAUCCUUUCUUCGCACUGACAAGCAAAGUCGUUGCGAUGGGAACCCUCCACCUGUCUGUACCUGCUCAGGCCUUUCACCCAACCUGGAGGCGAAUUCCAGUACCCUCACUCCUUGGCACUUUUUCUGAGCACCAAAACCCUUGUCAAAACCCUGGUUUUCAGAUUUCUUCUAACAUGCACUCCGUCCAAAUUGCGUGGCAAAAGGAGGCACCUCAGGGCUUCUAUAACCAUUGACUUAAUUUGGAGACCAGCGUUCUCCAAAAAUAAACCAACCUUGCUGCUCCUGUAUUCAGUCAGAAUUUAGUGUAGAGAAUUGCUAAGAGAUCUUGAAACUUUUCUGUACGUGUGAAAAUAGCUUUCUGCUGUAGAAUUCCGUCUGGCCAUCUUUGUUCUGCUGUGAGCCAAAGAUUAAACGUGAGAGUGUGUUUCUA